AUGUCUAAGUUUAUCUUACCAAAUACUUUGAGGGAAUUAAGAUUUCACUUAUCCCAAACUGGUGAAGCUUCCAUACCAUUAAGAAAAUUUUUAACCGCCAAUUAUCCAUCAUUAAAGACUCAACUGAACUACAAGUUGCCAAUUUUAAUUAGAGAAUCUUACGGUAUUCCACCAAGUAUAACUGCUAGAUUCGAAAAAGGUAUGGAAAUAAAAAAUAACGUCGAAGGAUUAGACGAAAAGGGAAUCGAAGGUAUCUUCAAAGAUUUAUUGAAGAAUUAA